AAGAAAGUGUAAGAUGAAAGAAAAAAUGUGUAAUUAAGUGUAGUCGCAAUUACAUAUAAAUGUGAUGCGGAUAAUCGUAAACGAAAGGCAAAAGAGCCGGAAAAUUUCAAAGAGAAAUCAUUCUAAGAAUACGAAGGAACUUAAGAAAAGCUAAGAAAGAGAAAAAAGUAAUUGGUUUCAGACCUCAGUGAAGAAAACGAAGAAAGACACCAUAAAUAAAUGAUGAGAAUUGCAUUUGGAUUAGUUUACUUUGGAUUGUGUCUGGUCUCUGUAAAAGCACAAAUCAUUGAAAUUUCUCGUGAAUUAAUUCAUGUGGACGAUGAUGUAACCCUCAAAUGUCUCCUUCCUGACAAUGUUGCAAACACCAAAGAUGUCUCAAACUAUAUUUGGUACUUAAACAAGAAAAAAAUCUCUUCCACCGAACAUUUUGAGCAGCGUGACAAUGAAUUGAAGAUAAAAAAUAUUGCAAAGCAUCUGGAAGGCUAUUACAGCUGUUUGAUUGAAUUUAGAACUAGUGGAAUGAAAUUAGAAACUUUACCCGAGUUAAUAAUUAUUUCUGAAAAUUCCCAUAAAGUUGAAAAUCAUGAUAAGUUGGAUUCGCCAUGUUCAUUCAGAAUUCCUAAAUUAUGUCGCAACAAACGGAAUAAAAACGAAGAAGGACGUCUGAAGUUUACAGUAAAACCUUUAUCUAAGAAUGUGGAUCUUGGAACAUCAAGCAAAGUUCAUUGCAAAGCUCCAGGCAGUACAAGAAUCUAUUGGAUGAAAGAUUCUGACGAUAGACUACCCAACGAUGUUGAGGAUAAUAAUGGUACGCUUAUUAUCAGUGAUGUGAAAUUCGAACACAGAGGAAACUAUACGUGCGUUGCAUCAAAUGAUGAAGAAUCAAUUAAGACAACAAUCGAAAUCAGAAUUCUUCCCAAGUUUGAAAUAAUUCCACCCAAGAGUCUCGAAGUUGUUGAACUUCAAUCCGUUUAUCUCGACUGUGUUGCUUCUGGUUCACCUCCACCUACUAUUAAAUGGGAUCAUGAAUCAACUAUCAUCAGCACAAAUGAAGGGGAUGAUGGUCGAUUCAAAAUAUUCGAAAAUGGAACUUUAUUACUUCAUGAAGCAAGACAAGACGAUGCUGGAAUUUACGGAUGUUUUAUUGGCAGUUCUGCUGCUAUGGAUUCACAUUCAUCAUUUGAAGACGCAAAUCAAGAAGGAGGCUUCAUUAUGUCAAAAGCAGUUUUAAUGACAUGCCUCGUUGCCUUAAUUUACAUUUCUCUUGUAGUUGCUUUGAUGCUUUGGUGUCGAAAUAAACGACAAAAGUCUCGCUUAGAAGACCCAGAGAAUAAAGAUGUAAAUGAUGAUACUGCCAGUGAUGGCGAUGAUGGACGCGGUGAAUUCGGAGAAGUUUUAACUGGUGCAAUGCUCGAGUCAGAUGUUCCAUCAAACUCAUCAAAAUCAUCCAACAGGGAGAAUAAAAGUGACGUAAAUGAAAUCAAACCCCAACAUCGUUUAAACAUUUUAGUGAAAUCUUUGUCGAACAUCAAAAGCGAAAUAUUUUUCGUAGAAUUUCGACGACAAGUUGACUUGUAUCGUGCUGUUGAUUCGCAGCAUGUGAUUAAGCUUUUUGCGUUGUGCUUUGAAAAAGAUCGUCACUUUAUGAUUUUAGAACAUGGACAAGAACUGAAAACAUUUUUAACUAAUGAACAAGCGAAAUUAACACCUCAGAUGCUUCUCAAAUUUUCAAGAGGCAUUAGUUGUGCAGUUGAUUUAAUUGCAAAAUUGAAAUGGACUCAUAGAGACAUCGCACUUAGAAAUUGCAUCAUAACUCAUGAUUCAAUUGUGAAGUUGUCAACUAUUUCACUAUGCAAAGAUAAACAUGCCAAUGAAUAUUUUAAACAAAAUAAUAAGAUGAUUCCACUUUCCCAUCUUGCACCGGAAGUUAUUGAAUCGUCUUUGUACUCUACAGCGAGUGAUGUAUAUGCAUUAGGCAUCACUCUGUGGGAAAUUUUGAAUGAGGGUCUUUUUCCAUUUGAAAAUAUUACUGGUGAUGAAUUUCUUCAGUUAAAACAAAACAAUUCUGUCGAUUAUCAGUCACUUUUCAAUAAUGAAAAGGUGCCUAAGGAGCUUCAAAAAGUUCUACUUGAAUGUUGGUCGUCCUUACCAAAUGAACGUCCGAAACCAGAAAAUGUAAUCAAGCUGCUUGAUGACUUGAUUGGUAAAGAAAAUAAUUGUGUGACAAAUGGAAUCGAACAUUAAAUGCAGAACCAGAUUUAAAUUUCAAAGCAAUUAAGUAUUAAAUAGGAUUUUAAACGAGUCUCUUUGAUAAGAGUUGAGUGACAUGAGAAUACUUAACAUUUUGCCAAGUCUUCUUUUCAUAUCGAUCAUUAUAAGACAAACUUAUUUGUCUGUCGUUAACAUUUUUGAUAUCUAUUUCAAAAUAACUUAACUACAAGAUUAAUAUUUGCUAGUCUCCUGCAUUAUGAAAUUCUGUGCCAUGUAUUUUUACGGCAAGUUAUCUAUAAUAUAAUUAUAAAAAUAAUAAUAAUAAAGUAAUCUAAGAAUAAAAAAUUAAACGGAACUUUUAAAUUUGAAUAAACCUCACAAAU